AUGGCCCACCCCUACACUCGUCGUACUGACGUCUAUCGUCCGUCGUACGGUACCGUCUCGCUACAGACACGGGCGUCUGCACCCCCAGGUAAUCCGCUCAACUACGAUAACGCAGACGUGAACCGCAUGCCACUCAAUCCCUGCCGUCGCCCCGCCGCAGGUCCACCCCGACCUCCACAACUAUGGGAUGAACAUCUAGACCUCCUCAUAAACCGUACUACCCGCGCCUAUGACCUUGUCAUCCACUACAAUCGCGACUCCAAUGGCGGCCAUCGCUGGUCAAGCGAAGAUAUCGACCAUAUUCAUCACGUGGGUAGAUACCUGCAUGGAGAUGUGCGUAAUUUGGAGCAUUGGAAAGAAGUGAUCGCGAAAGAGGGCAAAAAAGAUGCGUUUGCUAUGGAUAGAAUUCGUGAUGACGUUGAGAAUCUGCGGAAGUACUGUGAGCAGAUUCAGGAUGUGAUUAGGGAGACUGAACGGGUACCGUUACGCCAACGUAUGAUGCGGAAUAAUGUGAUGUGGGUCGGUGAGGAGAUGGAUGGGGGCUGUGAGGAGAACGGGUAUGUGGGUGGUGUUGCUGAUGACCUCAACAAACUCGGCGGAAACGCCGUAGAGGAACACGGCAUGGACAACGAGAUGUAUAUCGGCCAGGAGGACCAGGCCGGAGUGAUCGAUUCGCCGAUUGACGCACAGCGGGCAACCUGGGCAACUAAACCUUCAACGCGGUUUGCUUGUAAAUCAACCUCAGUCGAUGAACCACCACAGCCCGAGACUCCUCCCCCAGGCUAUUCGUCGAUACCUCCAAGCGGCUCCGUUACACCACAUAGGCUCUCUGUUGCAUUGAGCGAAGCAGAUGCUGAUUUCGUGGACGAUGCGGAGGAUAGACCGGGUUCUUCAGGAAGCGCACUUCCACAGCUAUACCGCGUUCAAGAGACGAGCACAGGAAUCAAGUGGAAGUAUGCUAGUUUAGGAACCAGCCUCAUGACCCAAGCAUCCCGCGAAUCCAGCGAACCGACCAGCAGCUCAGACGAGACAUCUGCGACGCUCACCCGACAGCUCUACAUACAUGGCAUAACCUACCUACUUCGAGGGCUGCCAACAAAGCUCACAUCAGAAGAGACAUUAAGCAUACAAGCUGCUCUUCCACAAGACCUGGUAGACACUACAACCGACGCAAGCAACCACGCCUUACUCCCUAUCUCCCAACACACCCCAAGUCCUUCACACGCACCUCCACGAAACCCCACGAUCCUACACCGCCUAACCGCAGCCAUGGUCCUCCAAUCUUUCAUUCUUAUACAAUUCCUCCUACCAUACAUCAAGAUCUUCCUCUCGCAUGCUUACCAAUUCGAGCGGAAGCAUCAGAUCACAAAGCGACUUGUCAAUACAGGUGUCGCGACUGUUGAUGAUGUAGGGCGGAAGACGUUGAGGUUGAGCCAGACUGUGUGUCAGAUGAAUGAUGGGAUGGUUGGUCAGGCGAUUAAUGAAGUGAUAGUUUGGUGGGUUAGGGGUAUUACUGGGGGUGUGCAACAAGGUCUUGCAGAGGGAUUACAGGUUGUGAGGGUGGAGGAGAGACGGCGGGGCGAGGAGAGCAUGGGGAGGAUUGGUUGA